CUCAUUUUAGAGGUCUUGAUAUAAAAAUCACAGAUCCCACCAGUUUCUACUUGCUGACACUGAGACUUCCUAGUGAUAGGCAAAAUGGCUUUUCAUUCUGUAUUUCUCGUUUUCUUAGCUGGCCUGGCAUUUUUCUCCGAAGCUGCACCACCGGACUCUGCUGACUCCAAGCAUCCUCUUUUUAUAAAAAUUCUGGAUUCAGUCCGAGGAAGUCCAGCUCAAAAUGUUCCAGUUAAGUUAUAUAAAGAAGCUGCAGAUGGAUCUUGGGAACUGUUAAAUUCAAAACAAACCAAUGACAAUGGAGAGUUCCACGAGCUCACAACUAGAGAACAAUUCAUCACAGGGACAUACAAGAUUGAGCUUGACACAGCCUCGUACUGGAAGAAACUGGGCUUGAAUCCCUUCCAUCACCAUGCUGAUGUGGUUUUCACAGCUAAUGACGCCGGUUAUCGACAUUACACCAUUGCUGUUGUCCUCAGCCCCUUUUCUUACUCAACUACAGCAGUAGUGAGUGAGCCAGUGGAAUAGAAGCUAAAAUUAAGCAUGAAAAUUUAGAUGUAUAAAUUAAAAUUUCCAUAAAUGAUAAGAACUUAGUUUCUGACUAUAUCAACAGCUUUAGAUUUCAUAGUAAACCACUAACAGUAACAGUCAAGUUGUUUAUUCAUUUUGUUAACUUUAGGAAGAAUGUGUUGACUUUGUUUUCAAAUACUCCUCUGAAUAAAAGUAUUCUGUAUUUCUGUA